AUGCAUACAUAUACAUUUUACAAGGACUCUCCUCUCUCUCUCUCUCUCUUUCUCUCUCUCUCUCACUGUCUCUCUCUUUCUCUCUCUAUCUCUCUCUGUCUCUCCCUCUGUCUCUCUGUCUGUCUGUCUCUCUGCCCGCGUAGAUCACGUCCCUGCACUUUGUACAUAACGUCCGUCGCUACUACCCGAUCGAACGGUCCGGUGAGUUCUUCAGAUCUGGUCGACGACGACUCCACGCCGACUGGCAGCGUGCACGUGCGCAGCGGUCAGCGGCUCCAUUGCCGUCCUCGUUUCGCGCGCGUGACGUCCUCUGCUCCGAUGCCUGGAGAAGACGACCAAAACCCGACAGUUUUUAGAAGAAAAAGUCCCAAUAAGUUUUCAGUGGGUGAAGCUGCGGACAGAUCAUUGACAUCUCAUUGGCACUUCCGCAACGAUGAUUGCUGCUUCCGAUCGGAUCUCUUUCUAGAUCGCAAUCUGUCCAGGACAACAGCCAACCAUCGUCAAGUACAAUUUUCCUCUGUAGUGCGUCACUUCUAUAGCCAGUCUCGUCUAUUCGGUGAUACAAUGUUCUUUCGACUCUUACGUAAUGCGGGCAGUGCAACUCUUUCAAGUCCUCAUAUCCUAAGCAGUAUACCGAAGUUGUAUCCUCUUAUACCUUUCAUCCAGUUUUUCUUCAUUCGAGUCAGAACAUUGGCCCUGUUCCUCUGCGAAGGCCCAAAGAUUGCACGUAAAUUCAAUUCGUUUAUUAACUCUUUUAAUAUUCUCAACCGUCGCCGGAUAAUCAUUUUCGCAGCACCCUUUGUCAGGACUUUCUUUUUUUUCUGUAAUCACUGA